AUGCCCUCGAAAGCGUUGGCUAAGAAACAUGGGACCAAAGUCCAUGCCAUGGGCAUCGACCGCAUGCAUGUCCGCGGUGUCGAGGAAUGGGGGAAGGAGGGUGGCCGCGAGGUCCGAGCGAAGUUCUUGUUUGGGCCCAGUAUGAAAGAUUUGAAACCUGUGCUUUUGACGAGGGAUAAAUGGGAGGCGCAGGAUACGAUGCCGUCGAAGAGGGAGUGGGGUUUGGGACCGAGUUUUUACAUUGCGAGGGAGGCCAUGGGGAGGGAGGUUAAGAUGAUGCGGGAGUGGUAUUGGGGAACUGGGAAGAGCGGGUUUGAGAAUGGGCAAGUGUGCAGGGAGUUGGGCCAAGAAGAGGGGGAGAAGUAUUUGGUAAAUGACGGUGAUAAGGAGGUUAAUGUGCUGCUGGGAGCGUAUACGCACCCGUUGCUAUAUUCAAUAAAGAAGGGGAGUUUUAUGGGUGUGGCGGAGCCAUUUGUGGAUAAGAGGGGGAGAAGAGGCUGGACUUUUAAUCUCGGGGCGAGGGUCCAUGAGGCGCAGUGGGUACCGGAUGAGGAGGGCAUGGUGCAGUAUCUGGCUGUGGCUGUGCAGCAGAAGAAAGCCGCCGGGAAAUACACGAAACCAUUGCAGAACCCCAAGGCGCCGGCUUUUACGAAGACGAAGGGCUUUCCGACGUCGAUUCAAAUCUGGACUUUCGAGUCAACCGAAGAAAGAGAUCUGGAUCCGGACAUGCAGCCCAGGCUUGUCGCAGUUAUAUGUACGGACUGGGGCAUGCCGAGACAAUUCAGAUGGUGUCCGGUUGCGGCUGCAGACACUGUUGAGCCAAAAGAGGGGGACGAUGAGAUUCACCUCGGACUUCUAGCAGGUGUGUGGUCCGACGGAAAAAUGAGGAUUCUCGAUAUACGGAUACCACAGCCAGACUCAGCGUUCCCCCAGACCCGCUACAUCCACUUCUCAAAAGCAGCCUUCGAAAUCCAACCCCCAGACACCAUAUCGACCUGUAUCCACUGGCUGUCGGGAACUUCCAUCGCGCUCGGCACCACCGCAGGCACCCUCGCAAUCUGGACGCUCACUCGACCCGACACAUUUCCGCCCUCGCCAAAAGACUCCACUUCAGAGUCCAAUUCUCCAAACAAAGCGCCGCAAUACACGCCUCGCCCCUGGUUCCACAAACAAGCCGCAGACACCUACAUCCUAACCAUCAGCUCGGGGUAUCCAUCCCGCCCACACUUCAUCUCCCUAACCUCCGCAGAUGGCUUCUCCCGGCUCUUCGACCUGCGUUCUCCUGUUUACGACACCAUAUCUACAACCCGGGCGCGCAUCUUCGGUCUCACACAGGCCUGGCACGAACACACUCAAUCAUUCCUCACGCCUGACGAAAACUAUCUCAUUCGCUCGAAUUCCAUCCGACGGUACUACAUGAAUAUCCACUCGAUGCGCAUGGAGGCGCAGAUCUUAUGUUGUGCGACGAGUCCAGUGCAGCCGGCGGUGCUAAUGGGUGCGGCGGAUGGGAUGUGUGCGGCAACGAAUCCGAUACCUAGGUUUUUGAACUAUAAGGAGGUGCCGUGGCAGCAGGUUUGGUUUUGGCAUGAGUGGAGGAGGAGGGUUGAGGAGCUCCCAGAAGUAGAAACCCAGGAACGAGACAAAACCAUCCAAACACCUCCUAAUACUACCAUCUCUAAAUCCACCACCACACCCCCACCCACAAACAAAGUCCCCCAAGCCGUCCUCAACAAGCCACUCUCCCGCAUCACAGAAGGCUACAAAGUCGCCCAAGUCGGGCUCCAAAACACUAAGCCCGUUCGACAGCACACAGAUUCCGGAAAAUUCCUUACCAUCUUUGAGGAAAAGACGGCGGUGACGUGUUUAGCCUGGAAUCCGAAUUUGAAGUUCGGGACGUGGGCAGUGGCGGGGAUGGCGGAUGGGUUGUGCAGAGUUGAGGAUUUGGGGAUCUGAGGAGCUUGUAUGGAGAUGCUUAUCACGACCCGCAGCUGAAGACAAUGUGCAUUACCAUAUUAUACGCCCUGCAUGGAGAAAG